CUCUGACUGCAUCCGGCUGCGGUCCCUUUUACUGUCGGCGGAUCCUUUAAUAAGUGAGCUGAAGUAAGCGCACGCUGCUCCGCUCGGUGCAGCUGGAGUUUGUUCAUGCAAAGCUGCAGACAGGACGGUGCGCACGAGGAGGGGAGAGACCAGCACAGCAGACUGACUGACAGACUGACAGAGAGACAGAGAGGAGAAAGGCCGGGUGCAGGGUAAGAGGAAGAGGGACUCGUAUGUCAGAGUUUUGAAAUGGCCAGUGAAGGCUCCACUAUUCCCAGCCCUGUGGUCCGUCAGAUCGACAAGCAGUUCCUGAUCUGCAGCAUAUGUCUGGACCGCUACGAGAACCCUAAAGUCCUGCCCUGCCUACACACCUUCUGUGAGAGGUGCCUGCAGAAUUACAUCCCGGCCCACAGCCUCACGCUGUCCUGCCCCGUGUGCCGCCAGACCUCCAUCCUGCCGGAGAAAGGUGUGGCGGCGUUGCAGAAUAACUUCUUCAUCACCAACCUGAUGGACGUGCUGCAGCGGGCUCCGGACAGCUGCAGCCAGGAGGCCGCCGCUCUCAACACCAUCACCACUGUGGCUGCUGGACAACUGCUGUCCUGCCCCAACCAUGGAGGCAACGUCAUGGAGUUUUACUGUCCACCCUGUGAGACGGCCAUGUGUCAGGAGUGUACGAGCGGAGAACACGGAGAACACCCAACUGUGCCUCUGAAAGACGUCGUGGAACAACACAAGGCGUCAUUACAGGACCAGCUCGACUCAGUCAAGAAGAGGCUGCCAGAGAUCGACUCAGCCCUGCUGACACUGUCAGAGAUCCUGCAGCAGCUGACCAAUCAGAAGAGCUCCAUUGAAGAUGACAUACACACAACGUUUGAUGAGCUGCAGAAGACUCUGAAUGUGCGCAAGAGCGUUUUACUCAUGGAGCUGGAGGUCAACUACGGCCUCAAGCAGAAGGUGCUCCAGGCCCAGCUUGACACCCUCCUGCACGGUCAGGAUGGCAUCAUCAGCAGCUGUAACUUCACGGAGCAGGCACUGAGCCAUGGGACUGAGGCCGAGGUGCUGCUGGUGAAGAAGCAGAUGAGUGAGCGUCUCAUCGAACUCGCCAGUCAGGAGCUUCCUCUGCAGCCCGGAGAGAACGACCAGCUGGACUUCAUCGUGGAGACAGAAGGACUCAAAAAGUCCAUCCACAACCUGGGAACUAUCGUGACAACCAACGCGGUGGCCUCUGAGACCGUGGCUACAGGCGAGGGGCUGCGCCACUGUGUGGUUGGUGUGCCCACUUCCAUCACCAUAACCACAAAGGACAAAGACAGAGAGCUUUGCAAGAUGGGAAACGCAGUCAUCAGGGCUGAGAUCUCCUCACCUGACGGCAGCAAAGGUGAAGGAGAGAUCCUGGACAACAAGAAUGGGACUUAUGAGUAUCUAUUCACAGCUCCUAAAGAGGGGACUUUUAAUUUGUCUCUGCGGCUGUAUGACCAACACAUCAAAGGAAGCCCAUUUAAAAUCAAGGCCACCAAGUCCAUAGACGUGUCGCCCAGUUGUGACGGCAUGAAGAAGAGGCUGAAGUCUCCAGGAAGUGGUCACAUCAAGCAGAAGGCCAUCAAGAGACCGGCCAGUAUGUACAGCACGGGGAGGAGGAAAGAGAACCCCAUCGAGGACGACCUUAUAUUCAGAAUCGGUACUAAAGGUAGAAACAAAGGGGAGUUCACAAACCUGCAGGGAGUGGCGGCCUCCUCUUUGGGAAAGGUGCUGAUAGCUGACAGCAACAACCAGUGUGUCCAGAUUUUUUCAAACGAUGGUCUGUUCAAGAGCCGGUUUGGGGUCCGAGGCAGGACUCCAGGUCAGCUGCAGCGGCCGACAGGUGUGGCCGUUCACCCCAACGGCGACAUCAUCAUCGCUGACUAUGACAACAAAUGGGUCAGCAUCUUCUCAAGUGAAGGCAAGUUUAAGAAUAAGAUCGGCUCUGGGAAGCUGAUGGGUCCCAAAGGCGUGUCAGUGGACAGAAACGGUCAUGUCAUUGUGGUGGACAACAAGGCCUGCUGCGUCUUCAUCUUUCAGGUCAACGGCAAGCUGGUCACCAAGUUCGGUAACCGCGGCAACGGCGACAGGCAGUUUGCAGGCCCUCACUUUGCUGCCGUCAACAACAACAAUGAAAUCAUCGUGACUGAUUUCCACAACCACUCAGUCAAGGUGUUCAACACAGAGGGAGAGUUUCUGCUGAAGUUUGGUUCUAACGGUGAGGGGAACGGGCAGUUCAACGCCCCAACAGGAGUGGCUGUGGACGUUAAUGGGAACAUCAUAGUGGCAGACUGGGGAAACAGCAGGAUACAGGUGUUUGACGGCAGCGGAUCCUUCCUGUCCUACAUCAACACCUCAGCAGACCCGCUAUAUGGCCCGCAGGGUCUGGCUCUCACCUCAGACGGACAUGUUGUUGUUGCAGAUUCUGGCAACCACUGCUUCAAAGUCUACCGCUACCUACAGUAGCCCCCCCCCCCCCCCCCCCCCCCCCCCUCCUCCCCCUCCUCCCUCCCUCUCAGUGUACAGUGUAUAUAUUUACUCACAUAGACUCUUCAGUGUUGGGGGACGGGCAGAUUUCCACUCAUCCACUCACUCAUUCUUCCUUGUUAUCGUUGUGCCAUCUGUUUGUUCUCCACGUGUGUGUCUGUGCAUCUGACACUGAACAAAACACAAGAGAGAGUUCUUUGUGGUGUGAAUGAAACAAGAGGAUCUCUGACAUUCACAGAUGACUGAUGCUGAUUGGUGCUUUAAAGGAGACACUCAUUACCUUCCUCAAGUUCCAUCUUAAUGACACCAUUUUUUUUAAAUCUAACUUUUUGAACUGUACAUAUGAUUGACUUUUGAUGUGUCGUGAGAUUGUGGUAGAACUGAAAGAUUAUGCUGUUGCACUUGUCCCUGGUUCAACACUGUGUUACACGAGACUGAUAGUAAGGUAAACAAGUAGCUUAGUCACCUGAACAACAAAGGAAAUCAAUCUCUAGUUCCAGUAACUGCAGCUUCCUGUUCAAUGCUCUUAAAAGUCCUCACAUUUUGCCUGUUCACUCUGAAAUAAAACACUGUAGGUAGCCAGGUAUUUUAAAGCAUGAUAAUGCAUCUCUGUGCAUGCUGUUCUUACUUAUAAACACCAGAAAAGCUAGUGUGCACAUGUAGAAAUCUGCUGUGGGCUGAUAAGUAACAGCAGCACCAAAAAUAUCUUUAAAUCAAAGCACUGUUUAAAUAAAACUUCUAUUUACAUGUGAAAUUUUCUGGUGGAUGUUACAUGUCAUCACUUAAAGUAACACACAGAUGGUUCAUGAAAAAUGAUAACUUCUGCUUAAUUGGUUUUACAGAGAACACAAAAAGUGAUUAUGUGUGUGUAUGUGUGUGUGUGUGUGUUGUGAUCAACUAAGGUACCAAACAAAAGCCAUUUGAUAUGUUAACUUACUAUUAGCAGUGUGUGCGGGUGUGUGUUUGUGUUUGGGUGUACUGUGUUUGAAGCAUCUUGAUGUCUGGAUUUCCAAUCAGCUGUGAUCACAGCAUAAACAUCCAAGAGUUUCAGUAAAACCCUGCAGAGCUUUUAAUCAGUGGAACAACAUCAGACUCAGGCUGCAGAACUAUCAUCACUAUCACUCAUUUCAAUGUGCUCUUAUUUCUUUAAUAAAUUAAGUUUGUAGAACUAAUACAUUUUAAUUUAAAACAUCUACCUAAAUAAUGCAGAUGUAGUUCAAUAGUUAAGAUGUGUUUUAAAAAUGCACUUUAGAGAGCCUUAGUCUAAACUUGUUUGUCUUCAAGCACAGUUUUCAUUAAUAUGUUUUCCUCAAUUUGGUCACACAUUUUCUACACAGUUCUGUUAAAUUAUUGGUUUUUCAUUGUCUUGUUUAUACUUGUAAUGCCAAAUGGAAUUAAAGUGCCCAUACAAAAAGAAAAA